GUCUUCAGUGUCUUUAGUAUGGGGGACAGAUUUUCGAUCCUCCCGAGAACAUAGCGCACCGUAAUGGCAGGGAGAAUCCACCUCUCUGAGUCCGUUUAAUAUGCUCCCCGUUGGAGGGAUAAGGGCAACACCGGACCAGUCUCAAAAUGACCACCGGUUUCAGCUCCGGUUCCUCCCGGAUCGCAGAUUAUUUUGUGAUCUGCGGACUCGACACCGAAAGCGGGCUGGAACCCGACGAACUGUCCGCUUUAUGCCAAUAUAUAGAAGCUACUAAAUUCAGAGAUGGGGCCAGAGGAAAAUUGGCACAGGCAGAAGAAGGUGAGAAUUUUGAGCAGAGUCCACUGCGGAGAACAUUUAAAUCCAAGGUUCUAGCACAUUACCCAGACAAUGUCGAGUGGAAUCCAUUUGACCAGGAUGCAGUUGGCAUGCUCUGUAUGCCAAAAGGUCUGUCGUUCAGGACGCAGGUCGACUCCAGGGAGCCACAUUUCCACUCCUUUAUCAUCACCAGAGAGGAUGGCUCUCGGACCUAUGGCUUUGCCCUCACUUUCUUUGAGGAGGUAACCAGUAAGCAGAUCUGCAGUGCCAUGCAGACUCUGUACCAUAUGCACAAUGCAGAGCAGUACGACAUCUUGCACACUCCAACCUCCCCCCAAGGACCUGAGGACCACCGACUCUCCCAGUCUCGUCCCGUGCUUCAUGCUGCCCCUGCCAUCUCCAGACUGCAGCGGUUCAACUCAUACGACAUCAGCCGUGACACGCUCUAUGUGUCGAAGUGCAUCUGCUUGAUAACACCUAUGGCUUUCCCUCAGGCCUGUAGAAAGGUGCUGCAGCAGCUUCACCAGGCUGUCUCGUCCCCCCAGCCACCACCCCUCCCACUGGAGAGCUACAUCUACAACAUCCUCUAUGAAGUGCCCCUGCCACCAGUCGGGCGUUCACUAAAGUUCUCAGGCGUCUACGGGCCUAUCGUGUGCCAGAGGCCGAGUACUUCUGAGCUUCCGCUCUUUGACUUUGCCAUCGGUGAAAUGUUUAAUUUGCUCGGAGUGGAGAACGUUCUGCAGCUGUUCACGUGUGCACUGCUUGAGAUGCAGAUACUGCUCUACUCCCAGCAUUACCAGAGGCUGAUGACUGUGGCAGAGAGCAUCACGGCCUUAAUGUUCCCCUUCCAGUGGCAGCAUGUGUAUGUUCCCAUUCUGCCCGCCUCCCUUCUCCACUUCCUGGAUGCUCCUGUGCCGUAUCUCAUGGGCCUCCACUCCAAUGGACAGGAUGACCGCACACAUUUAGAGCUGCCCCAGGAGGCGAACUUAUGUUUUGUGGACAUUGAUAAUCAAUUCAUUGAACUGCCGGAGGAAUUGCCUCAGUUUCCGAACAAACUGGAGUUUAUUCAGGAGAUCUCGGAGGUGCUCUUGUCCUUCGGCGUGCCUCCAGAGGGAAAUGUCCACUGCAGCGAUAGCCAGGCCAAGUACCGGAGCUUCAGAUCGGUUGAUAUGGUCUCUGAUAAGCGCAAUGGCAACCUGGCCUCACCGCUUAACUCCUUCCUGCUGAGAGAGAAUGAAACUAUCGCCAGGCUCCAGGCUCUGGUGAAGAGGACAGGUGUGAGCCUGGAGAAGCUGGAGGUGAAAGAAGAUGCCAGUAACAAUAAGGAUACACGGUUUCAGUGUGAUGAGGAGGAGCUAAAGAUGCACCAGCUCAACAUCCAGGUGCGCGAGGUCUUUGCCAACCGUUUCACCCAGAUGUUUGCGGAUUAUGAGGUGUUUGUCAUCCAGCCCAGCCAUGACAAAGAGUCAUGGUUCACCAAUCGAGACCAGAUGCAGAACUUUGACAAGGCUUCCUUCCUCUCGGACCAGCCAGAACCAUACCUGCCCUUCCUGUCACGUUUUUUGGAGACUCAGAUGUUUGCCUCCUUCAUCGAUAGUAAGAUUCUCUGCCACGAUGACGAGGAGAAGGAGCACACACUGAGGGUGUUUGACACCCGUGUGGAUAAAGUCCGCAUGCUGAACGUCCGUACACCCACACUACGGACCUCUAUGUACCAAAAAUGCACCAACAUUGAAGAAUCGGAAAAAGCCAUCGAGAUGAGGGUGUCAAAGAUCGACCACACGGCCCUGCACCCGCACCUGCUGGACAUGAAGAUCGGUCAGGGCCGCUACGAGCAGGGCUUCUUCCCCCGACUGCAGUCCGAAGUGCUCUCCACGGGGCCCAGCAGCAACAAAUGGGCGAAGAGAAGUGCUCCUGCUCAGUGGAGGAGGAGGGACCGACAGAAGCAACACGCUGAGCACCUUUAUUUGGAUAACGACCAGAGAGAGCAUGUAGAGUGUUUGUUUCCGGAGCUGCAGCUCCUGCUGUUUCUUGACUACUACUGGCUCUCGCAGUCCUACAAGCCCUGUCUAAAGUCGGUGACUGUGGAUGUGAAAUACAUCCAGGAAGCCAGAAAUUUGGGAACCACCAUCAGACAGCCCAAACUGUCCAACCUGUCACCAUCUGUAAUCGCUCAAACUAACUGGAAAUUUGUUGAGGGAUUGCUGAAGGAGUGCAGAAACAAGACCAAGCGUAUGCUGGUAGAGAAGAUGGGCCGGGAGGCUGUGGAGUUGGGUCACGGAGAGGUUAGCAUCACGGGCGUUGAGGAGAACACUCUGAUUGCGAGCCUGUGUGACCUGUUGGAGAGGAUCUGGAGCCACGGGUUGCAGGUUAAACAGGGUAAAUCUGCUCUGUGGUCCCACCUGCUGCACUACCAGGACAGCAAAGAGAAGAAUAAUGCCACUCCGGGUGGUUUGGGCCCUCCAGGCUUUAUUCAUGACACAGAGAGACGAAAAUCUGAUGGGGGUGGUUCAGUCAUGCCCCCUCUUAGAAUCUCCCUCAUUCAAGACAUGAGACACAUCCAGAAUAUAAGUGAGAUCAAGACAGACGUGGGCAAGGCCAGAGCCUGGGUUCGUCUCUCCAUGGAGAAGAAGCUGCUUUCCAGACACCUGAAGCAGCUGCUGUCAGAACACGAACUAACAAAAAAACUGUACAAGCGCUACGCUUUCCUGCGCUGUGACGAUGAGAAGGAACAGUUUCUUUACCACCUCCUGUCUUUUAACGCAGUGGAUUACUUCUGUUUCACCAACGUGUUUACAACCAUUAUGAUCCCCUACCACGUAGUGGUUGUUUCAAGUAAGAAGCUGGGUGGUUCCAUGUUCACAGCCAACCCCUGGGUGUGUGUUUCUGGUGAGCUGGCAGAAACCGGAGUCCUGCAGGUGCCCAGAAACACUCUGGAGAUCACUUUUGAGUGCCAGAACCUCGGCAAGCUCACCACAGUGCAGAUGGGUCACGAUAACACUGGAAUCUACGCAAAGUGGCUUGUAGAGUGUGUUAUAGUCCGCAAUGAGAUCACUGGGCACACUUACAAGUUUCCAUGUGGCCGGUGGUUAGGGAAGGGAGUGGAUGAUGGCAGUUUGGAGAGGAUAUUGGUUGGAGAGCUGAUGACCCCCACCACAGAGAACGAUGAAAGAAUGUGUCGCACACCACCAAUGCAGCAAUCACCAGGGAUGAUGAGGAGAUUUGUUACCAUCUCACCGAGCAGCAAACCAAAGUUAAACACAGGUCAGAUCCAGGAGGGUGUGGGAGAGGCCAUCAACGGGAUUGUAAAGCAUUUCCACAAGCCGGAGAAGGAGAGAGGCAGUCUGACCCUUCUGCUGUGUGGAGAAUAUGGUCUUGUCUGGGCUCUGGAGCAAGUUUUCCAGCAUGGUUUCAAGUCACCUCGACUAUUUAAGAAUGUCUUCAUCUGGGACUUCUUGGAAAAGGCACAGGUGUAUUUUGAAAGUGCUGAGCAGCGGGAAGUGACACCAGAUGAAAACUGGCAAACCAGAGUGCGCCACUUCUGCCGCUUCAUGCGCGCCAUCAACAACACGUCCAGAAACAUUGGCAAGGACGGGAAAUUCCAGAUGCUCGUCUGUCUGGGCGCAAGGGACCAUUUGCUGCAUCACUGGAUCGCUCUGCUCGCAGAUUGUCCAAUCACCGCACAAAUGUACGAGGACACUGCACUGAUUAAGGACCGCUCGCUGGUUAACUCUCUGAUCAGAGUGCUACAGACUCUGCAGGAGUUUAACAUCACCCUGGAGGCUUCGCUAGUCAAAGGUGUUGGUAUUUAAACCAAACCACUUCCCACCAGUUGUACCUGAAAGGGAAAGAGCACUGGGGACCACUGAAAUGAGUAAUUGAACCUUUUAUAGGCAGGAACAGACUGGAACAAAAGAAACUUUCUGGCUUAUAUUAAAGCUACUGUCACAUUUGCCAUAUAUCAAGUGCAAUGAGCCUUCCAAAAUGUUAUUUUUAUCCUCAAUGAUGUUGACAUUAGAUGUUGAAAAUAUGUUUUCUAUUACGAACCAUGAUUUUCACAUUAUUAAUGACAACCUUGUGCUAUUAUGUUUUACUGAAAGCUAAUAUUUUCAUCGUUAUUGUGAACUGCUGACAGCGGCUAUAUUUAAGGGAAAGCAAGGAUUAAAACUGUUAAUAUAUUUUCAGAUAAAAACAGUAUUAUUUUGUUAAGUCAGUCAAGUUGCUUGCUCUGUUGUCAACUCUGAUUACAAUGUUAUAAUGCAGAGUUUAAAGCAAAUGAUGUAGAAGUAUGCUUUAUAAGUAUGUGUAUGGCAGGGAGGCUUGUAGAGUCAAAGAUGAUUUACUCACAUAGGAAUAAAAGGCUAUUAAAUUUGGGCCUUUCCCUGGCAGAAAUACAUGUAUGCAGAUCUUUUCCAUUGAAUAUGUUCAGCUGAGCAAAUGGUUGUUCUUGCAUGAUAAUAAAACUGUGUGGUUCAAGCCUGCAUCCAGUGAUGAACUGUAUAUUCAGUUGGAUACAGGAAAGUACUCAAAGUCUUGUGUUCCAGACACAGCUCCUCUAGUGAUGCUUGACCCAGCUUUCUUUGCAUAGUGGAUCACGACAGCCUUUGUGUAAAUACCUCCAACCGGCCCUUUUGCCCACCACCAUUCCAGCUCUUACACUACUUUUGCCCUGUUCUCUUAACUACAAAAACAUUGUGAUGAUCCGAGUUGGCUCUGUGUGUUGAAUUAUGACUUCUUGAUUACCUUUCAAGGAGCAAAAAGGACUGCUUUUUCCUGUCUCCUGAAUUUUGUCAUCAUGGUUUCUUGCUAUGCAAUAUCCACAAGAGAAAUUUUAGAUAUUACUGGGCCCUCCUCCAUUAUGUACAUUGGACUUUAAUGUGCAGAACAAGAGAUUUGAUAUGUGAUGGACUUUUUUUUUCUGUGCCAACAUCAUCUGGAAUGACUGUGUUGUUGCUCAUCCAUGUAUGACCCACACAUGAGAGUCUUGGGAGAUAUAUAUUUUUCUUUUCCAAUGCAGUUGUUCAUCUAUCCAGAUAGCUGUGUAAUGUAGUGUUUACUAAGUGAGCAACAGUGUACAGUGUAAAAAUGUAUUACAAAUAAAGCAUCUGUUAUGCGUUACAUUGGGCUUAGAAGUUUACCAGUUGUUAAUCAAUAAAUGUACACAUAUU